AUGACCAGCUUUUUGAAUGGGUUGAUUGUCUUUUGGAGUUCGGGUGCCGGAGAGUUAUCGGAGUUGUGUGAAUCUGUAUAUGCAAUAUUAACUCUCUUUGUGCUGGAUAACAUUGUGGGAUUUAAACCUCUGUAUCUUCUUGAUUAUAUAUCUUCUUUUGACGAUCACAUUGGUAAUAUCUUCUCCAGGUGGCAGUUGCCAGAUACAGAAAACUCUGUACAAGCCUCAACGGCAAAUGACUUGCGUCGCGAUAAAUACACACCUAUUAAUCCUGAAAAACUUAAAGCUGCAGCUAUGGGGAUGUCUCAAAUUGCAAAGGCAUUUGCUAUUGCCACUGCUCUUGUCUUUGGUGGUUCCGCCUUGACGUUUGGCUUGGCAGCAUCCAAGCUAGAGUUGCACAAUCCUGAUGAUAUCCGGACGAAAGGGAAGGACAUCGUUCAGCCAAGAUUGGAAACAUUCAAAGAGCAGCUGAGUCCUUUAAGGAUUUGGGCUGAAGAGAAGUCGAAAAAAUGGCGUUUAGAGAAAAAUGAAGACUUUAAAGAGAAGCCUUUAAUAAAAGAGCUCUCUAAAAUAUUAGGUGCCAAGUCGUCGAACUAAUACCAAUGCAUUCAUCAGAAGAUUUUGUUUUCUUCUCUCUCCCUGUGUAAUCUUGAAUAAUAUAACCUGUCAGCAGUUGGUAUUUUCUAUGCAU